AUGAUUCGCCAUCUCCGGCUUCUUGCCCUUGCAUUGUACGCUGGUACCAUUGUCAUUGGACAUGAAGCUACCGCCAGCAGGAAGAGGGAUUGUCCUCUUCCUAAUCUGAUUGACGCGACUUUUGAUGAGCUCCAUACUGGUUUGGAGAAUGAGUGUUUUACGAGUGUGGAUCUGGUGAAUGCAUAUAUUCAUCGCAUUGAUGACGUGAACUCCACUGUCCAUACAAUCCUGGAAUUGAACCCCGAUGCUCUAGACAUCGCCGAGCAAUUGGAUCAGGAGAGGGAGAUGGGAAAUCUGCGUGGACCGCUUCACGGCCUGCCGGUUCUCGUCAAAGAUAACAUCGGUACAGGCGAUGAGAUGCAGACGGCUGCUGGCUCGUACGCACUUGUAGGAGCCAAAGUGGAUGACGAUUCCACCGUCGUGGCUCGACUCCGCGAGCAAGGACUGGUUAUUCUUGGGAAGACUAGCCUCUCGGAGUGGGCAAAUAUCCGGUCGAUGAACUCGUCCAAUGGAUGGAAUGCGCGCGGCGGUCAGACAUACGGUGCUUAUUACCUCAACCAGGAUCCCAACGGGAGUUCGAGUGGGAGUGCCGUGGCUACGGAUCUGGGAUUGGCUUUUGCGGCGCUGGGAACGGAGACCAGCGGGAGUAUCCUUUUCCCGAGUGAGGUGAACAAUAUCGUGGGCAUCAAACCCACUGUUGGACUGACCUCUCGCCAUCUGGUCAUCCCCGUCAGCCCCCGUCAAGACACCGUCGGGCCCAUGGCGAGGACCGUGAAAGACGCCGCGCUGCUACUACAGGCCAUGGCUGGGUCAGACCCCUACGACAAUUAUACCCAGGCCUCACCCUACGGUUCCUCCCCUCCCGAUUAUGCCGCAGCAUGCCAGCUCUCCGGCCUCCAAGGAAAACGAAUCGGCAUCCCCGAAAACGUCCUGAGCACCUUAACCGGAAACUUCACUCCCAUGGCUACGGCCUUCAACGCUGCCGUAUCGGUGAUGGCCCAAGCCGGCGCCACAAUCGUCCACGACGCCAACUUCACGGCUUACGAGCAAUACAUAGCAGACCAAACAACCACGCAAGCAGUGCUAGCGAUUGACUUCAUCUCCAGCAUCCCAAAGUACCUCGCCACCAACCUGACGGCCAACCCACACAACCUGCACAACAUCUCCGACAUCCGCACCUUCACCCAGCAGGAACCUCUCGAAGAAUACCCCUCCCGCGACACCCAAAUCUGGGACAUCGCCAUUGCCACCGGUCUCUCAAGCACCUCGCCGGAGUUCUGGGCCAUGUAUCAGAAAAGCCUCUACUACGGCGGCGAAGGCGGCCUGCUGGGCGCUCUGUCCCGCCACAACCUCGACGCCAUCAUCCUGCCUACGGGCGUCGCAGCCGGUGUCCCGGCCAUGGUCGGUGCGCCGGUCAUCACCGUCCCGAUGGGUGCGUUUCCAGACUCCUCGCCGAUCGAGUAUAACAGUCGCGGCGACAUGGUGUAUAUUGCGCCGGGUAUCCCAUUCGGGAUCAGUUUCUUGGGAAAGCAGUGGAGUGAGACGGUGUUGAUUGGGAUGGCGUACGCCUUUGAGCAGAAGACGUUGGUGAGGAAGACUUUGAAGAGGGUGGUUGAGCCGAAGGGCCAGUUGAGUGAUGUGAUUGAUGAGGAGGAUGAGGAGGAGGGACAGGAUGACCACCAGGGUUGCGGGUUGUGA